UGUUGAUUAAUAAUUUUGAAUGGAAGUAUUGUUCGAUUUUGAUUAGUAAUCCUUAUAAGAAAUACAAAAUUGGAGAAAUGCUGAAAUGGUGGACUGCAGCAGCAACUGCCAGCGCUAGUGCAGGUUUAGUUGCAGCUCUUGUGUAUCGAUUGCGAAAAAGGAAUCGCAAAGUAAGAACUAUGCGAGUGAAUCCUUAUUUGGCGGAACGGAGCACCAAGGGAAGAUUUGUCACCGCUUUCGACGACAUGACAUCAUAUUCACCAGUUUUCAAGGAGAAUUUCCAUAUGGAUAUAACCAAUUUCGAAUAUAUUCUGAAGAAGAUUUAUUUCCGCCUUCAACCAAAACGAAACACACGACCGUAUGAUGGAAUUGGCCCAAAAGAAAAAUUGGCAAUUGCCCUAGAAUACCUUGCCUCAGGGUCGUUUGAGCGCCAUGUAGCAUCAUCAUACAGAGUAAGUAAAUCAUCAGUAAGAUCGAUUACUAUCAGUGUAUGCGAAGCUAUUCGUUACGAAAUGGGUACUGAAAAUCUUCCAUGCAAUGAUAACGUCAAAUGGAUUGAUACUGCAAACCGAUUCCAUGAAAAGUGGAACUUUCCGAAUUGCCUAGGUGCCAUUGAUGGCAAACAUGUGGCCAUUAGGUGCCCCCCAAUGCAGGAAGGCUGUUUUUCAACUACAAGGUAAGGAGUUGAGCAGUAACAUCCCGAGUAAUUUUAAUAU